CCUAUACCGGGGGUCCUGAUGCACAGCCAGCCCCCGUCACAACUGCGUCAGCACUGAUGAGCUCAGCGUUCCCUGUAGGGAGGGGGAGAGCAGCUCCGAACAGGGGAUGAGAGAGAGAGUGAGACAGAGAGAGAGAGAGAGAAACGGGGUGUUGCCGCCUCUGAGACACACUCACGCAUCACUGAGGAAAAGCAGCAAGGCGCGGACAGAUCUUUCCUCCAUCUUUCUCUCUGGAAAAAAACAGGGCAUCUUUUCAAUUAUUCAAGCCCAACUGAGAAAAAUUAGGGCCGAAGGAUUGUGAAAUAUACUUUAGUGCGACACUAGGCAAGUGUCUGCUCAGUGGAAAAGAGAAAGGGGGGAGCUCGUUGGAAAAGCAGGCGGACAGUUUCAGCACCUUGGUCAGUGACAAUGGCUCCAUUUGUGGCGGAGGGAGAUCAGCUCGUGGCAGUGCCAGUAGGUGUUGCAGUGAUGAGUGUCUUUGGCCUUGUCUUUACUGCUUCAGCAUUUGCAUGGAUAUGUUGCCAGCGCAAAAACACCAAAUCCCAGAUGACACCACCUUACAAGUUUGUGCACAUGCUCAAAGGGGUCGACAUCUACCCUGAGAGCCUCAGCAACAAGAAAAAGUUUGCUGCAGCUGCUACUGCAACAACUAAUGACAGCAACAAAACUGAUGUAAAUGGAAAUUGUCAUACUGCAUCACUAAUGAGUCAUGCCGGUAAUGGGAAAGUGGCGGCAAGUCCAAAUGAUUCUAGACAGGUUCUGCACCUGGAUCUGGAGAAACGGGACUUGAAUGGCAACUUCACAACCAAAUCAUUUAAUCCUCCCCACCCGAAGGUGCGAAGCUCACCAGACUUGGAGCUGCCCUCUCCACAUGCAGGUUUCACCCAACCUGGAAUGAUUGACCACCAUGACCUCCCUUCACCAUCAAGCACCCUCUCAAGCCAGGCACCUACCCCAGCUGUUGACAAGCCCCAGGGAGAGGAAAAGGAGGGUGGGCUGGGAACUCUCCAUUUUUCUCUUGAAUACCAGCCAGAGAAAAAAGCAUUUGUUGUCCAUAUUAAGGAAGCCCAUGGUCUGACCCCAACUGAUGAUCAGUCGCUGACCUCUGACCCCUACAUCAAGCUUACGCUGCUGCCAGAGAAAAAGCACAGAGUUAAGACCAGAGUUCUAAGGAAGACCCUGGACCCUGCCUUUGAUGAGACCUUCAGCUUCUAUGGAAUCCCACUUGCUAGAGUGUCUGAGUUGGCACUUCACUUCAUGGUACUGAGUUUUGAUAGGUUCUCCCGUGAUGAGGUCAUUGGAGAGACCCUUGUACCCUUGUCUGGGAUUGACUUAUCAGAAGGGCGUGUCCUGAUGAGCCGUGAGAUUAUCAAGAAGAAUGUCAAGAAGUCAAGAGGCCGUGGCGAGUUGCUGCUCUCCCUGUGUUACCAGUCUACCACUAAUACUCUGACUGUGGUUGUGCUAAAAGCUCGCCACCUGCCAAAGACGCAAGACAAUGGACCUACAGAUCCCUACGUCAAGGUCAACAUGUACCAUGGGAAGAAACGUGUGUGCAAGAAGAAGACGCAUGUGAAGAAGUGUUCACCCAACCCCGUCUUUAACGAGCUCUUUGUCUUUGAUCUGCCUUCUGAUGAGGGCCUGAUGGACACCAGUGUAGAGCUUCUGCUGAUGGACUCUGACACAGGAAGCUCACGCUCUCCCAACACCACCAUAGGGCGCCUGGUACUAGGCACAUCUGUGGUGGGCAUCCCUGGUGAGCACUGGAGAGAGAUCUGUGACCAUCCACGUCGGCAGAUCGCCAAAUGGCACAUCUUGUCAGAAGAUUAAAACCCUGUUGUGUUGUCCGAUUCCUUUAUUGAUAACUGAUCUAGUCAAACAUUGAGAGGGAUGGAAUGAGAGAGUGCAAGAUUUAUUGUAAAAGUUUCUCAGUAGUCUAUGGACUGUGUGUGUGCAUGUGUGUGCGUGUGUGUGAGUGUGUGUGAGUGUGUGUGUGAGUGUGUGUGCGCGCGCCCGUGUGUUGGAGUGGGCAUUUGGGAUUUCAUCUCUUUCAACACUUAUCUUUGAAGUUAUUGGGGUUCACUGGGGACAGUUGGGCAUGACAAAGGGACCACAUAGCUUUAAAUGAUCCCAAAGACUGUCACUGAAAAUCAUUUGGUAACAUGCAACUUUAUCUCCACAUAAACAACCAAUUGUAACAGUAAUUGAGUGCAGUGCAGAAUUUCUUAAACAUUGCUAUUGUUUUCUCUUCUUGUAACUUCGUUUUUUCCUCUUUUUUUCCUUCUUUGAAUAUGAAUCUACUUUAUGAAAACCAGGAUGAACCGCAUCUUGGAAAUGCUGUAAAAAUGUAUUAUUAAAAUUUGUUUUAUAACAACAUUUUCUUCAUAUAGAAGUGGAAUGUUUUUAAUUUAUGGUUGUAUUUUUACUCUGAGAGUUAAUUUCUUUACAUUUUUUUAACAUUUUUUUAAAGUGGUUUUUGCCAUUAAGAAUGGGGAGGUGGUUUAAAAUAAGACAGGAACGGCCAGAGUACAUUGAGGACAGUUAACUGUUCUUUGUGUGUGCGUGUGUGUGUGCGCAUGUGUGUGUGUCAGUGUCUGUGUUUUGAUACGCAAGUGCUUGUGCUGAUGCAACUGUCUGAAUGUAUGAUUGCACAUGUUUGUAAGCUAUGGAGCAAUGCCACAUAAUGUUUCUGUUGGUGUUUUGUCCCUGUUACUUUAAGCACAUAGACAGCUGAAGUGUAAAUGUAUGAAUCUUACUAUAAAAUAUGGCAAGUUCUGAGG